CCACUAUCAUGCAUACGUGCGUACGGUUCUGCAGCAUCCUGCGAUCGUCAGUAGACGAUGACCACUCGGUGGCGUCACAUCGUUCCUCGAUCAUCUACCUAAAUUGCUUUCCCUGACGCAAGACGGACAUGUGGAGCCGCGCGAUCAUUCUGAUCCUGGUGAUCGCCGCGCCCUGGGCGACCUGCGAAUGGCAUGCGGACGCGGGUCCAUGGUUUGAAGCCACAAAGGGCGAAGUUUGGCCCAUGCCAAAUUCGCGUGUGGUAAAAGAAGAUUUCUAUCUGUUGCGACCAUCCAACUUUGAUAUCCGAGUAAACGGCGAGACAUGUGAUAUAAUAACCGAGGCGAUAGAACGGUAUAUGAGAAUCAUUUUGACGGAAGCAAGAAUAGCGAGGUUAGUCACGGAAGGGCCAAGAACAUGCGUUCGGGAUGAUCCCUAUUUCAAAGGCACUCUUGAAGCCCUAAGCAUCCGCCUUUUGCAACCUUGCGAAGAGAAUGGCGAUCAUUGGCCGCACUUGUACAUGAAUGAAUCUUAUAAACUUGAGAUAAAUGAAACAUCAUCAGUCGCCGUUCUCCGGGCCGAAUCCGUUUGGGGAAUCCUUCGAGGCCUCGAGACUUUCUCACAGAUAUUGGCACCAUCCGGAGACGGCCCGAGCUUGAAAGUAAAAUGCCAGACUAUUGUGGACGAGCCGAAACUACCGCACCGCGGUCUUUUAUUGGAUACCUCUCGGCAUUAUCUACCCCUGUCUGACAUCCUGUUGACACUGGACGCUAUGUCGUACAACAAGCUCAACGUUCUUCAUUGGCACAUCGUCGACGAUAACAGCUUCCCAUACCAAAGCACCAGGUAUCCCGAUCUAUCCGCUAAAGGCGCUUACCAUCAUUCGAUGAUCUAUACGCCUAACAACGUGCAAAAGGUCGUCGAUUACGCGAGAUUACGAGGGAUUCGAGUGAUGCCCGAAUUCGACACACCUGGACACACCAGAUCGUGGGGUUUGGCCUAUCCGGAAUUAUUAACCAUAUGUUACGACUCUUCCGGGAAGCCGAAUGGUAAAUUAGGUCCGUUGAACCCGACGAAGCCGGCGCUGUACGAUUUCAUACGAAAUUUGUUCUCCGAGAUCGUGCAAGUGUUCCCGGAUCAAUAUCUUCACUUGGGUGGUGACGAAGUACCGUUCGAUUGUUGGGGCAGCAAUCCGGAAAUUGGCGAGUACAUGAAAACGCACAAUAUGUCCAACAGAUACGAGCUGCUCGAAAAUCAAUACAUAGCCAAGAUACUCGCGAUCAGCAAAUCGCUGGACGCCAAUACUAUCGUAUGGCAAGAAGUUUUCGAUAAUGGCGUUGUCCUACCCACAACUACCGUAGUGCAUGUUUGGAAACUACCGAGUUGGCAAAAGGAGCUCGAGAGAGCGACAAUCGCAGGGCAUCCGGUUUUGCUAUCCUCUUGCUGGUAUCUCGACCACCUCGCCAGCGGCGGCGAUUGGGAGAAGUAUUAUAAUUGCGAUCCCUUCGACUUUAUCAAUGCGGCCAAUGCCACUCAUUUAAUGCUCGGCGGCGAAGCCUGCAUGUGGGCAGAAUUUGUCAAUAAAAAUAACGUACAUUCGAGGAUCUGGCCACGUGCGAGCGCAGCAGCCGAACGUUUGUGGAGUUUCAACAAACAGGAAAAUACAGUUGCCGCUAAACGUCUGGAAGAGCAUGCUUGCCGUAUGAAUAGACGCGGUAUUCCCGCCCAGCCGCCGAAUGGACCAGGAUUCUGCGUGACAUACACCUUGUCCCCCUUGUUAGAACACAGUGUUCUAAUUGGCAAGUCACUGAUAAUUAUGCAACUGUAUGCAAAGGUGCGUCAUGAGUCUACGGAAACGCAAAAAUACGAGCUUGUUACACGAAACGCUUCAGUGAUGAGAUUUAAAAUUAUGGAGAAAGUCUCAAUCGAGAAGAAUUCUGAAUACAAAGAGUUAUCUGCACAUCCAAGCGUAGCAAAUUUACGAACUAUCAAUAUAAGCCAUCAAGAAAGUUCGCGAUCUACAAAAUCGCCGUCUGUACAGAACUUGGACAAAUCGCAUUCGUUAAACAAUUUCGCGAAAUCAGAAAACGAUCAAAAAAGAAUGCUACCGGAUGAGAUGCAACCUCCAAAAACCAGAUUUAGCUCUCGAGACAGAUCGAAGGAGACACAUUUAGCUUCCUCUCCACGACUCAAAAGUUUCCCUGCCGAAAAGAUCAAGAAAUUGGACAAUCAGCCAAUGUUCUUGCCCGAACCAAACGGCGCUUUAAUCGGACAAAACCCUCAAGAAACUGACACCUUCUUCGCGAGUUCCUCUAUCAGAAGUAACAACGGUCAUGGUGACGCGAUACCUGCUACAUUAUCGUCAUAUCAACAAUCAAAACUGCAGGAUACAUCCAAUACGGAUCAGCAACAGAUUGUAGCUAACCAUCAACAUAUUUGUGAAACAAGACCACAUUCUGAAAACUUGCUCACUCAACCCAUUGCGUCUCCCGAAAGACAUCCUUUUGUAUCAAGCAUGUCCCAAGGAACAGUCGCCUGUGAUCGAUCAUUUCAAAACCCAUCCGCGACGAUUAAUCAGCCGGUAAUCAUUGCAACUCCGACGCAAGUCACAAUGUCGCAAAUGCAACAAUCUUCGAGUAAUUCUCAUGCAAUUACCGAUCAAAAUCGCAAUGAAACAUCCGCUCUUGUUAGUGGAUGCGAAAGGCAAUCGAUUGGCGGCCAAAACGCAGUUAAUCAUAAACAAAUGUUUAUACAACCGAAGCAAGCAGCGGUACAGGAUGCAAACCCGCCGUUAAGUGAUCGAUGUGCCAGUAACUGUCAAAAUGUCUAUCAUGCUCAGUUGCAUGGUUCAUUUCAGCAAAAUUCUCAACAAAUAAAUGAACAAACGCAGCACAACGCGUAUCAUCAGCAAAUGUUGCCGCAAGCUCUCAAUCAAGUGCAACCACCAAUACUCGAUCAGCGACAACAUCUACAUAAUAAUUCAGGAUUAUAUGGUCAUUAUAAUCAACAAUUAUCUGCUACACAAACUUCUGGAUAUGGAAUGACUUCGCCACAAGACAUGACAGUAAAUCAGAUGAGAUUAAUACAACAUAAGUUGCCUAUCCAUAACCAUAACCUUGGAUAUUCUGCCAAUCUUCAACCGGCAUGGACGCAAAAUGAUCGAUGGAUGCAAACACCAAAUCAGCAACAUCUGCAUCAACAAUCCCCGCAAAAAUGGCAGUAUUAUCAUCAAGAUACUAAUUUCAAUCAAAAAGAUUCUAAAAGCCAAGGUCAAUCUAAUCCAUCACAGAACCAUAAAUCUACUAAUCAACAAUCGGCCGCGGAAGCUCACAGUCAACAAAAUGAUGGAAAAAAGAAACUGCAAUUCACAUCUGAUAUGAUACGCGAUCAGGAGCUGCUAGUUUCCACCAUGAGGCAACAAGGUAUACCUGAGGAGAUCAUGCGCCGUCAAUUUGACGCAUUGCUGAACGAACAACAAAAGCAUCUAGUUUAUCUCACGCAAUUUCAACAACAGGAAAAUAUUCCGGAUGUAAAAAAAAUUCGACUUGUGCAAAGAAGAAUAGAGAAGGAAGAAAAACCAGAAUGGAUGAUACACAUUACGCCACCGCGAAUAUCUUACAAUGAGAUUGAAAGACUGACGGCACAGCAAAGAGAUCAAAAGAAACAAUAUCAAACAGACGGUCAAUCGCCGGAAGAAGUUAACAGAACAGUGACUGCUCGACAACAAGAUUAUGGCCAACAGAAAAAGCAAGAAAUAAACAAUCAAGCUAGUCUGCCUCAACAGAUGUACGUUCAGAUGAAUCCUCAUCAAUGGCAGCAACAGAUGAUCAACUGGCCAUAUAAAAAUGAUCAUCAAACUUAUACAGCCAGUUAUCCUUAUGGUCAUCAGCAAAAUACAUUAAAUAAUAUAUAUCAUCAGGCAAAUCCAACUUUUAACAAAUACAUACCAUAUAAUACGCGUUAUAAUCCAUAUUACUCGCAACCUGAGCAACAAAAAAUUUGGCAAAACAAAGAACAUAAUCCAACUUCAUCAAAUUCAAUUGAUAAUCAGAGACUGCCAAUGGACUUUGCACGUUUUGAGCAGAAUAAAAGACCUACCGAACCUUCUAGCUUGUUAAAGAUACGGAUGUACAAAGAAAUGAUUCGUCCUCAGAAGCGGAAUAACGGUUUGCAGGAUCCAAACACUAUACAAAAGGUGCUGGAAACACUGAAGAAUCCGUCGAGUAGAAAAGGUCUCGAAUAUAUGGCCAAUAUUACCAAGAAAAGACCCGUCAUUAGAUUGAAUGGUGCUCAAGAUUCUAACGAGACUCCGGAAGAUAUGCAACCGCGACCAUCCGUAGAAAUGACCCCGCAGUCUCAGAAAAAAAUCUCGGCAAACGGUUUGGAGAACACAAGGAAUCCUAAUAAUCCUGUGCCAUGUAUUAUGCCACCUAAGAGAGCCGAUGAGCCCGGGAUAAGAGAAUAUCCGCGACAGAGGCAGAAUGCAAGAAUUUGUUACAGUAUGCAAGCCGAAAAGGAAAACGGCGCGAUAGCGAUUAAUAGCGAUCAACAGCGAUGGCAACCGCGAGACCACGCAGUUUCCUACACGCAGGAUGCGAGAUCGAUUCCUUACGAUCGACAGAAUGUACCUGUAACGCAGGGACGUCACGGCGACAAUAUCCCGGUUUUCCAAAACGCGAGUGCUCCUCCUCAACAUUAUCAUCAGAUGCAGCAAUACUAUCUAAACGGACAGAAUUUAGCCGGUCACAGUGGCCAGGGCGACGUUGUGAGCAUGCAACGACCGGAUGCACCGGGCGCGAUGAGAAUCGAUCGCGCCGGCGGUGAUACCGGUGAGAAAUCGAAUGCCGAAGGGGCGACGAAGCGCGUAGAUAUGCAAGCGAUACAGCGAACGAACGUUUAUGGCCAACCGGAAAUCCACGAGACAAGGACCAUCGGAGGUAUCACGUACCUCGCCAGGAAGCCCGAAUACGCCCCUAACAAUCUCACCAUUUCACCAAAUAAAUUAAUCGCGAGUAGACAUUUGCAACCCCCGAGAAUAUUUUAA